GGAUGAACCGAACUGCGGCAUAGCUCAACGCCACCAUCGAUAUCGGCUUACCGCUCCUCAUCAAGGCGGGAUGGUUCUCUCAUUCAUCUUGGUCCAGAACCGGCAGGGCAAAACGCGCCUUGCAAAAUGGUAUGCGCCGUACAGCGAUGAGGAGAAAGUCAAGCUGAAAGGCGAGGUCCAUCGCCUGGUAGCACCAAGAGACCAGAAGUAUCAGUCCAACUUUGUCGAGUUCAAGCGGAGUACGAAAGUCGUUUACCGGAGAUAUGCGGGGUUGUUCUUUUGCGCCUGUGUCGAUGCUACCGAUAAUGAAUUGGCGUACCUCGAGGCCAUCCAUUUCUUCGUCGAAGUUCUAGAUCAGUUCUUUGGGAAUGUGUGCGAGCUAGAUCUGGUGUUCAAUUUCUACAAGGUAUACGCGAUUCUGGACGAAGUGUUUCUGGCAGGCGAGAUUGAAGAGACGAGCAAGCAGGUCGUAUUGACGAGGCUCGAGCAUUUGGACAAACUGGAGUGAGACAGCUUUCAGCCUUAUGGAAGCGUGGGUAGGAUAGAAUCUGUUCUGGAUAUUAUAGCAUUGAAAUGGUCACGGGAUGGCCAUCCGGAGUUAUUUGGUUUCGAGGGUUAACAUAUAUCGGGGCGCUGCGCUUGCAACUGUUGCCAUCCAUGUUGAUAGAGGGUUCUAUGAUGGCUUUGUUUAUCUAAUUUCAACGAUAAUACCUUAUGGAAAGCAAGUACAUUGGUUUACCUAAGAA